CGGGAGGGGGGACGAGGGGCGGACCCUGUCCAGCCCCGCCCCGCGCCGGAGAAGAGCCGGAGCCCCGCCGGAGCCCCGCCGGAGCCCCACCGGAGCCCCGCCGGAGCCCGGCCUCAGACCCAGCCAGAUCAGGCACCAGCGGAACCGGAACCGCGGACCCUGCGCCCCGGCGGCGCCGGAGCCCCGGCCGGUGAAAGCAAAGUCCUUGGACUGGCCCCACACUCCCUUGUAGCCCUGGUAGAGUCAAGAUGUGGCCCCAUCAUGCCCUUCAGUGAGGCCUGCAGCCUGAGCAGAUAGCAUGGCCUGCCACUGGAGGUGAACACCAUGGCUACAGGAGGUGGCCGGGCCUUUGCUUGGCAGGUGUUCCCACCCAUGCCCACCUGCCGGGUAUAUGGUACAGUGGCAUACCAGGAUGGGCACCUGCUAGUGUUGGGGGGCUGUGGCCGAGCUGGACUGCCUUUGGACACUGCCGAGACAUUGGACAUGGCCUCACAUACGUGGCUGGCACUGGCGCCCCUGCCCACUGCCCGGGCUGGUGCGGCUGCUGUGGUACUGGGCAAGCAGGUGCUAGUGGUGGGCGGUGUGGAUGAGGGCCAGAGCCCGGUAGCUGCUGUGGAGGCCUUCCUGGCUGACGAGGGCCGCUGGGAGCGUCGGGCCACCCUACCUCAGGCAGCCAUGGGGGUUGCAACUGUGGAGAGAGAUGGUAUGGUGUAUGCACUGGGGGGAAUGGGCCCUGACACAACCCCCCAGGCCCAGGUUCGGGUGUAUGAACCCCGCCGGGACUGCUGGCUUUCGCUGCCUUCGAUGCCCACACCCUGCUACGGGGCCUCCACCUUCCUGAACGGGAACAAGAUCUAUGUCCUGGGGGGCCGCCAGGGCAAGCUCCCAGUGACUGCUUUUGAGGCCUUUGAUCUGGAGGCCCGUACCUGGACCCGACACCCAAGCCUGCCCAGCCGCCGGGCCUUUGCCGGCUGCGUGAUGGCCGAAGGCAGCGUCUUUAGCCUGGGUGGCCUGCAGCAGCCCGGGCCCCACAAUUUCUACUCCCGCCCACACUUUGUCAACACUGUGGAGAUGUUCGACCUGGAGCAUGGGUCCUGGACCAAGCUGCCCCGAAGCCUGCGCAUGAGGGAUAAGAGGGCUGACUUUGUGGUUGGCUCACUUGGGGACCACAUCGUGGCCAUUGGGGGCCUUGGAAACCAGCCGUGCCCUCUGGGCUCUGUGGAGGGCUUCAGCCUUGCACGGCGGCGCUGGGAGGCACUGCCUCCCAUGCCCACAGCCCGCUGCUCCUGUUCUAGCCUGCAGGCUGGGCCCCGGCUGUUUGCCAUCGGGGGUGUGGCCCAGGGUCCCAGUCAAGCUGUGGAGGCACUGUGUCUGCGUGAUGGGGUCUGAAUGCCUGAUGGGACCUGUCCACUGGAGCAGUUCAGUGCCAGAAGCAGAUGUCUGUGGUUCCUUUUGCUGCUGAGAAAGCUCACUGUGGCUCUGUGGGAUGAGGGAGGCACAGGGUGGGGCACUUGAGACACCGUGUCUGGGACUUGGGGGUGGCCUUCAUCUUUAGCAAAGGACACACAUACCUUUAUACCCACCUUUACUCCCUUUCAUUCACGGACCAUGCCCAGCUCCACCCUUGCUCUGGAACCUACUGGGCCCUCUGUCCAACUGGGAAGUGGGGGAGGGCAGAGCUGGCCUCCUGCCCUACAGGUCAGUGCCUACCUGGAGUUGAUCAGGCCCUCCCCAAUGGCUGUUCCUGAAAAGUCCUAGCUGUCAGCCUGCCUUGAAGGCCCUUGUGGACUCAGAAGAGGUAAGAGAGGGUGGGAACACAGAGGGGUACAGGAGUGGAUGUGGGGACUUCCAGAGGGCCAGAAGAAUGGUGGCUUUGGGCCCUUUACACUGCUGGCUGUGUGACCUUGGGCAAGUCAUUUCACCUCUCUGUGCCUCAGCAUCCUCAUCUAUAAAUGGGGAUCUCUGAAACCUUCCUGCCCUACCUACCUCACAGGGCUGUUGUGAGGAUCCAGGGAGUUCAGAUGUGGAAGUAAAAGUGCUGCUAAAUCUGGC